UGAGGCUAGCUGCACGCUUCUGCUUGCCAUUCGCUGUUUCCCUUUUGGAGCGUGCCAUCGUGCCUUGGCUCCCAGAAUAUCGACAAGUUCCAUCGCAUCCCACCCUUGCCGUUGCCGUCAUGGCUUGCGGGAGAAAUUUCCAGACGUGUUCCCCAGGUGCGACGCCUUAAAUGCACCACGCCCCAGCAAACGUCGGGGUUGCUUACCGCCUGCAUACAUACAUCUCGUUUCACCCGUAUCGCAAUAUCGUAUAUUAACCCAGCCGAACACCCAUCCCAACGUACUUGUGAGCCCAACUCAAUCACUAGCGUCAUACAAAACCCCCCCAAACGUUCUACAAACACUCAUCUCCGCAAACCGGUUCACUCAAUCGCUUCUACAACCAUGAUGCAAACCGUGGAUCCAUCGCAGCCAAAGCCCAUACAAUAUGCAUCACCGCCUUCUCCGCCUGCUUCCAAUACCGGCUCACCAAAGUCAAUGUCCGUCCUGAACGCUACCGAGACGGACAAAAUGACAAUCUCAACCCACCACCACAUUCUCAUAGUCACUGGCCCAGCAGGAUGCGGCAAGAGCACUGUUGCCAAGCACCUUUCAGAUCGUUAUGGAUUCGACUACAUUGAGGGCGACGAGUUCCACCCAAAAGCAAACAUCGACAAGAUGGCCGCCGGUAUCCCUCUAAACGACGAAGACCGCUGGGACUGGCUCAUUCUUCUACGAGACCAAGCUAUUAUGAAGCUCAAGGACGGGGCCAAGGGUGUUGUCGUCACUUGCAGUGCGCUCAAGAAGAAGUACCGCGACGUCAUCCGCACAGCCAGACUCUACGACGAAGACCCAAAUGCCAAUGUACAUUUUGUCUAUCUCCGCUCCGACCUGGAGACCCUCAUCGCCCGCGUCCGCGCCAGAAAAGGCCACUACAUGAAGGACUCCAUGGUCGAGAGCCAGUUCGCUUCGCUCGAGGAGCCUGACGAGACCGAGUGCAAGCAGCUGAAGGAUGUCGAGAUCAUCGACGUCAAGGGAAGCAUACAAGACGUUCAGGUCCUGGCUGGAGCUGCUGUCGACAAGGUCCUGGCGCAAUAGCGUUCCGCCCGCAGGAUCAGCCGGCUCUGAUUUCUCAUCGCGAACUAUCCUCUUCCUUAGCUUAGAUGUUCGGACGCAAUGUUUGGCGAGUUGCGCCGAUGUGUUAAGCGUGGGUCGCAUCUUCGUCUUUCUUUCCUAUGGCGUUUGUUAUAUCACUAUACCCUCGCGAGACGAGCCAGCAUACAUUGGUUAGCGAAGAUGAAUUUUUUU